UUUGUCUGGAUUCCUGGCCAACUCUCGGCUAUAAAUGACAGGUGGCAGGGCCAUUUCACUUUUAGUCUCGAGGUGUCGACGCAGGCGCAAUGAACCGCUGGCUAAGCAUAAUUCUCCUUGGGGUCUUGACCUCGGCGAUCGGAGGGCAUGGAAACACCAUCAAGGAGCGCAACCUGUUCGCCACCGAACUCUUCCAGACCCUGGCCACGGAUCGCCAGGACGAGAACGUGAUCAUCUCGCCGGUCUCCAUCCAGCUGGCCCUCGGACUAGCCUACUAUGGAGCCGAGGGAAGAACCGCCGCGGAGCUGCAGAAGACGCUCCACGCCUCCGCGAAGGAGAGCAAGGACGGGCUGGCCGAGAGCUACCACGAGCUGCUGCACUCGUACAUCAAGUCGAAGACCGUGCUCGAGAUCGCCAACAAGGUGUACACCCGCGAGAAGCUGAAGGUGUCGGAGCACUUCCGCGAGGUGGCCCAGAAGUACUUCGACUCCGAGGUGGAGCCGCUGGACUUCAGCCGCGAGACGGAGGCCGUGGAGCGGAUCAACCGGUGGGUGAAGCAGCAGACGCAGGACAAGAUCGAGCGGGUGGUGGACAGCCUGGAGCCGGACACGAACGUGGCCCUCGUGAACGCCAUCUACUUCAAGGCCCGCUGGGCGCGGCCCUUCAACGACGACGACACCCGCGACCGGGAGUUCUGGCUGAGCGAGCGGCAGUCCGUCCAGGUGCCCACCAUGUUCGCCGACAACUGGUACUACUACGCCGAGUACCCCGAGCUGGACGCCAAGGCCAUCGAGCUGUUCUUCGAGAACAUCAACCUGACCAUGUGGUUCAUCCUGCCCAACCAGCGCUCCGGCCUGCAGCUCCUGGAGCAGCGGCUCAAGGGCGUCGACUUCAAGCUGCUCGAGGAGCGCUGGCAGUGGCAGAGCGUCUCCGUCUACCUGCCCAAGUUCAAGUUCGAGUUCGACACGGAUCUCCGGCCCACGCUGAACAAGAUGGGAAUCAGUGCCAUGUUCUCGGAUGCCGCCGACUUCAGCAACAUUUUCCAGGACUCGCCCAUCGGCACUCGGAUCACGAAGGUGCAGCACAAGACCUUCAUCGAUGUAAAUGAGAUCGGAUGCGAGGCUGCUGGCGCAAGUUAUGCAGCUGGAGUGCCCAUGUCCCUGCCCCUGGACCCCAAGACCUUCGUGGCCGACCAUCCGUUUGUGUUCAUCAUUCGCGACAAGCACGCCGUCUACUUCACCGGACACAUUGUCAAGUUUUAAUAAGCACACCACCACACAUUCACUCAGAUUAAGCACUUUAAACUGUAAUCACAUCAAUAAACAAAUGGGGAGUGCCUCCGCCAGAACUUAGAAGUCCAUGUA